CAACACCUACAAGGUACUAAUCUUACUUUUUGUUGAGUACGACUGUUGAUUGCUGCAGUAUUCCGACAACUUUGUAAGAGGCAUAAUAAACAAAUAAAGAGUAAUAUGUGAGAAGCAAUCACCCAUUAUAUAGAACCAGUAGAAUAGAAUAUAUGUGGCUUCAAAUGCCAGAGCUGCGUGAUUUAUAAGUACCAAGUGGCAUCUGGGGAGACCAUAAAUUUCCACGUAGGGUCGCGGGUCGCGCUUUCAGAUUUAGGGAGUCUCGGCGCAACGACAUCCAUUAAAUUGGCCUGGAGACAAAAACGACAGCCAAACAACCACCGACUGUGGCCUUCUGUACGAUUAAAUUACUUUCAUGUUUCAAUUACAAUCUACCUUUCAUAUUGCUUGAAUGCUUGGGCUUGAAGGCAUUGCUACAGAUGCUUUGGUUACGAGGGAAAGGGAAAUUGACAGUUGCAGAUCGACCCGAACACUCUGGGCUCAGGAGUUGAAAGCGCAGGCAUGGCCAAACACGACGACACAUCCAUAUCACCCAUGACGCGGAGUCCUGCGAACCUCUCGCCGGCUGCAAGCUCUACGAACAUUCCCACAGCGGCAUUCCGACAAUCGGGUCUCCGCACCGAACUCAACACCGAUGGCUCAACCACAACGGAUUUACGGCCGACCUUCAAGGACUCCAGCCAGCCCACAACACCACGCCAGGCAGAGCUGCGCGAGGCGGAUGACUAUAUGAAUGGGGGCCUCCCGCACGAAUCUUCAGGGACUCCUCCGCCCAUUGCCUCAACAGAAGCGUCCGCAAUCUCCCGGCCAUCGAGCAUCAGACAAACUUCCGCUGCACCAAGCGUCAGGGGAGCUAUCUACAGUGGGACACAAACGCCCCCCGGACGAAGGAGUGUACAAUUCGCAAGAACAGAUUCGGCGGAUAUAGCAAUACCAGCGCGAUGGGAUGUCUCAGAUGCGGACGGGGAUCCGCAGGGCAAAGGCAUAUCUCUCAUGUCUAAACUGAGAGCUCUGGCAAUAACAGGAGGAUUGAACACACACACACGGAGCAAAAGCACGGGCAAUAUACAACCUUACGCUGGGGGGUCGUUAUCUGCACCGCACUCGCCGACUGCGGAUAGAUUUGGCUCGUCAAUUGGGGUGCCUGGGACUCUGGAGGAGGAGGGCAGCGAUGCCGAUGCCGAUGCGGAGCAAACAGCUGAUGAACAAACCGUGGAAGAUGCUGCACGUGCGAAGAAGAAGCGUCGAUACCGUAGGCCGCCCUGGGGAAGCCUGCAAAUCGACCAUUCGACCUCAGCGGAAGUGGGCGCAUCGUCUAGCAGGAUUAGACGCCGAAACACUAUGCCUGAUGAUCUCGAGGAACCUCGUGGCGGCGUCUCUGAAGGCGAAGGAAGGGACAGACUGGGCAUGGGAUCUGCUUGGAGAAAGGGAAGCUCAUGGGUAUCUGGAGGGCGCGGCCAUAAUUAUACAGGGAGCAAUCCGAAUGAUCCCAAUGUGACUCCUGGGCGCCGACCACUCACACUCAGACGACUGACGGGUAUGGGUGGAUCUGAUAACGAGGGCCAAUCGCCGAGGCGGCCAUUCUUGGGCUUUGAUCGGGCAGGAACUACCGGCGCGGCAGCACGUCGCUGGGGAGUUGUCAAACAUGGACUUAAGCUGCUGGGACAAAAGAAAGAGCCUCACAUGGUUGACUACAAGAAAUCUGCAGAGUUGAUGGCGGAGCUGCGUGCUGGUGCACCGGCUGCCUUGAUGCUGGCGAGCAUGAUUCAAAGAGAUGAGCACGGCAACAAGAGGAUACCGGUCUUGCUUGAACAGCUCAAGCUCACGAUUACCGAUAGUAGUACUACCCAGGACGGCAAAGUCGCCGAGUCAGAACGGCACCUUAAUUACCGCAUCAUGCUCGAGUAUGGUAGUGGCCAGAACCGCAUGAAGUGGGUUAUUGAUCGGUCACUGAAGGAUUUCUUGAACCUGCAUCUGCGAUACAAGCUCCAGGCCAGCACCGACAAGUAUCUUCAACUGAGAGAUAUAGAGCACAGGCCGAAACAGCCAAAGUUCCCCAGGACAGCGUUUCCUUAUCUCAGAGGCGUUCGUGGUAUAGGCGACAGCGACGAAGAAGGUGGGGAUGCUGAUACAAUUAGAGGUGAUGACACCGCUGGCGAAGCCACACACAGCGAGCUAGACUUGCCUGGUAGGAGAAGAAGGCCGACACGCCCAGGUAUGGGACACCGCAGGAGAUCCAGUGCCCAACUCGAGAGCACCGCCGGCAUGACUGCAGAAGAGAUUGCGAUACACGCCAGGGAGGCCAAGAGGCAAUACAACGAGAGGCAACGGAAGAAGCUCGAGGAGUAUUUGCAGGCGAUGAUACGCUGGCUUAUUUUCCGGGCUGAUAGCAACCGCCUGUGUAAGUUCCUCGAGCUGUCCGCGCUGGGCGUUAGACUUGCGGCUGAGGGGAGCUAUCAUGGCAAGGAGGGGUUCCUGGUCUUUGGGACGUCGAAGGGGAUUGAUUUUAGGAGGAUACUUACGCCGACUGCGAUAUUCGCGAGGCAUACGCCGAAGUGGUUCCUGGUUCGGCACAGUUAUAUUGUCUGUGUGGAUUCGCCUGAGAAUAUGCAUAUUUACGACGUGUAUCUCCUCGAUGGCAAGUUUGAGAUCGUGUCCAAGGAGAAGAAGCUGAAGCAGAAAAUCAAGGAUACGAAUGCCAUGGAUAUGGCCAUCAGAGCCAAGACCAAGGCGACGUAUCCCCAGCAUCACAGGCUCAAGUUGCGCAAUUCGGAGAGGAGGAUUGAUCUCUUGGCCAAGAACGAGCGGAUCAUGAGACAGUUCCAGGAGUCGAUUCAGUUCAUUAUGAAAACAUCGCUGUGGUCUAAGCCGAAUCGCUUUGAUAGUUUCGCUCCCGUCCGACAGGGAGUUUAUGCGCAAUGGCUUGUGGAUGGUCGGGAUUACAUGUGGAAUGUAUCUCGCGCCAUCAACAUGGCUAAGGACGUUAUCUAUAUCCAUGAUUGGUGGCUCAGUCCUCAGUUGUAUAUGCGUCGUCCGGCAGCAAUCAGCCAGAAGUGGCGAUUGGAUCGACUUCUCCGGAAGAAGGCCCGGGAAGGCGUUAAGAUCUUCAUCAUCAUCUACCGUAAUGUUGAGGCUGCUGUCCCCAUCGACUCUGAGUUCACCAAGUUCUCGAUGCUGGAUCUGCAUCCGAAUAUCUUCCUCCAGAGAUCUCCUAACCAGUUCAAGAAGAAUCAGUUCUUCUUUGCGCAUCACGAGAAGAUUUGCAUUGUUGAUCACACAGUGGCGUUUGUUGGAGGCAUCGAUUUGUGCUUUGGUAGGUGGGACACCCCGCAGCACUCUGUUUGUGACGACAAGCCUACUGGCUUUGAACACUCGGAUGAGCCGAAGGAUGCCGACCACUGCCAGUUAUGGCCUGGAAAGGAUUACUCGAAUCCUCGUGUGCAGGACUUCUUCCAAUUGAAUGCACCGUAUGCUGAGAUGUAUGAUCGUUCGAAAACACCGAGAAUGCCGUGGCACGACGUCUCCAUGCAAGUUGUUGGGCAACCGGCUCGCGAUCUGACAAGGCAUUUUGUUCAGCGCUGGAAUUAUGUCCUACGGGGCCGAAAGCCAACGAGGCCAACACCGUUCUUACUGCCUCCACCAGAUUUUAGCCAAUCUGAGCUUGAAAGCCUUGGACUGAACGGCACGUGCGAAGUACAGAUCUUGCGAUCGGCUUCCAACUGGUCGCUGGGAAUCGAUGACACUGAACACAGCAUCAUGAACGCGUAUUGCAAGAUGAUCGAGGAGUCGGAGCAUUUCGUCUACAUGGAGAACCAGUUCUUCAUUACGAGCUGUGAGACGAUGGGCGUGAAGAUUGUCAACAAGAUCGGUGAUGCCAUCGUCGAGCGCGCAGUGAGGGCGUACAAGAACAAUGAGAACUGGCGCAUUGUCAUUCUCAUCCCACUCAUGCCCGGAUUCCAGAACACGGUCGAUGCACCAGAUGGGACCAGUGUUCGUUUGAUCAUGCAGUGCCAGUUCCGCAGUAUCUCGCGUGGCGAGAACUCCAUAUUUGGGCGACUGAGAAAUGAAGGCAUUGAGCCCGAGGAUUUCGUCUCCUUUUACAGUUUGAGAGCUUGGGGCAAGAUCGGGCCGAACAAGACGCUGGUCACGGAGCAGCUGUAUAUUCACGCGAAGGUUAUCAUCGUGGAUGAUCGCAUUGCGCUUAUUGGAUCGGCCAAUAUCAAUGAGAGGUCUAUGUUGGGCUCGAGAGAUUCAGAGUGUGCUGCUGUCGUCAGAGACACGGAUGUCCUGUGGUCAACUAUGGGCGGUGAGCCGUUCCAGGUGGGCCGCUUUGCGCACACGCUGCGAAUGCGUCUUAUGCGUGAGCAUAUCGGCAUUGACGUAGACGACGUCAUGGAAGAAGAGCGCCGCGCCGAAUUAGACCGAGAGGAAGAGCUGUUCGAGUCCAGAAUGGACGGUGUCUACGACGACGAUUCCGAUAACGAGUUUGCAAGCGGCCAGGCCCGCCCGGCGCGCAAGAAGGCCGAUACGACUGCCCAGAAUAGCAGCCUGCAUAGUUUCAACAAUAGUGUUGAUACGGAUGGGGAGGGUAAUUCGAACUUCAUGCGCGCACAUGUUAGUGCGAAGACGCGUUCCUCGAAUGAGGAAGGGAAUGGGGUUCCAGAUGUUGAGGGCGAUGGCCCGGAUAGGAUGAUACAGGCUGAGGAGUCUGGGUUAAUCCACGGCCGCGACUCGACACUGAUUAGUGGACGCGAGGUUUUGGUCGCCGAUAUUGCCCCUGAGGGUAAAGGUACUCUUCAACAUCCGAAGCACCCACAUAAACGACGUGCUUCGAAAGCAGGCAAAGAGUCGGAACAGGCUAAGGAGACCGGUAACAUUGGUUUACCUCCUUUUCUCUCGACCCGUAGCAACACAGAGACUUUGGGACUACCACAGCUUUCUCAACUUCCUUCUCUCCCUGUCGUCGAUGAUACGGAUAUUGGCGGUCCCCCGGUGUACAGAGACCCCAAGGGUGGCAAAAACGCGGGUUUCAACCCCUUAACCGCGGAUAUUACGCGUGCCCUCGUGGACAAGGACUGCAUGCGCGACCCCCUCAACGACACCUUCUUCGACGACGUGUGGACCCGCAUCGCCGAGAACAACACCAAGAUCUUCCGCCGCGUCUUCCGCUGCAACCCCGACAACGAAGUCACGAACUGGCACGAGUACACCGAGUUCCAGGCCUACUCCGAGCGCUUCGCCCAGUCCCAGGGCGUCAAGAGCGAGGGCAGACAGGAGCAGGAGAGUAAAGGCAAGAGUGGCCCACCUGGUGCUACCAUGCCGCUGCAAAGCCUUGGCGUGUUGGGUGAGACCGUCACAAAUGUUGCUGAGAAACUGAGCGCUGCUGGUCACGCCGACGACGAACAUCCCCACGGCGGCGUGAAGAAGUGGGCCGACGAUGCGGAUGCGAGACAUAGACAUCUCUCCAAUGCAGCCGAGAUGGAAGCUACACUCUCCAAGAGCAAGGGACCAGAAUUCGACGAGAAGUCCCCUGCGCCUGUUGAUCGCCAGAGCACCAUCGAUAGCGCUGCAGCCCGUGUCCCGACUACGGGUCUAGACUCGACGACUACGCGCACGACUACCUUCUCUGCGUCCCUACCUACUACUACCACUACUGGCGCAACGGAGAGCACCGCGGCGCCUACGCACCAGGGCUCGACGAGGGCGAGGCGCAGGCGCGGGACGACGAAGAGUAAGAAGGGGUUCUCGGCUGCGGAGGAUCUGUUGACGCGCGAGGAGGCGUUGUCGAUGCUGGAGCUUGUGCAGGGAAAUUUGGUGGUGUUCCCGACGGAGUGGUUGAAGUCGGAGGAGCAUAAUAGUAAUUGGCUGUAUCAGGUUGAUCAGGUGGCGCCGUUGCAGAUUUAUGAUUAAGCAAGGCGAAGUGAGAUGCAGUGGGAUGAUGGGAGACGGUGGAGAUGAUGUGAGUUGGAUGGCAUGGGGAAAGCUCGAAACGUAAGUAUUGAUAUUAGAGAGCCGUACAUAUUCGUCGAUGUGAUUUGGCGUCGGUGGGGAGUGAAGAAGGGGGGUUGCAUGGUCUAGCGAUUAUGGUGUAUAUUCUUGUAGUCAGUUCGAAUAGACUUGUUUAAACAUAGUAUAACAAUG